AUGAUAUUUGUUACUUCUACAUCAAUUAUGCAAUUUCCACAAGCAGGACUAACACAACUACUGAAAAGUCUAAUAUCAAUACGUGGUCCCGACUCAACAAAAUUUCUAAAUGGACUAUUGACAUCAAGAUUAUUACCCAAUGUCAUUAAAAAGAAACAACAUACAAUAAGUGAUGCAGAAUUAAAACAUUCAAAUUUACAAGAGAUAAUAGAUGUCAAUACAAAUUAUGGAUUAAUGCAUGAAGAUAUAUAUGACCCCAAUUACAAUAUAACCAUAAGUAGAGAUGGAAUAAAUUCAAUGAUUUUAAAUUCAAAAGGUCGAGUAUUUACUGAUUGUUUUUUGUAUUGUGAACCAUUUCAUAACUAUCAAAAUGAAUUUGGAUCACUUAUGGAAGAACCUGGAUAUUUAUUAGAAGUUGAUCAACAAAAUACAAGUAAAGUCAUGAUGAUGUUGAAAUUACAUAAAUUAAGUGCAAAAGUAGAUAUUAAACCAGAUCCCCAAUUCAAAUCAUAUUAUUACUAUAAUGAUACACCAGAAUUUGACGAGUGGUUGGAAAAUGUCCAAAUAGAAUAUUUCAAAUCAGUUGAUCCAGUCAAUGCCAUACGAAAUGCUAACUCGUUCAUAGCUAAUGAUGUAAUAUUUAACAAAAAUUUUUCAAAGAACAUUUUUGGAUUUGCAAUAGAUAAUAGAAUACCAAACUUUGGAUUUAAAUUCGUUCUAAAUGAACCAGCACCCAAAGGUAUAUUUGCGCCACAAUUCCAACAAGAUUUUCUAGUCCAAGAAUUUCCAGAAGAGUUACUUCGGAAAAGAAGAUUUUCAAAUGGAUUAUUCGAAACUAAUGAUGCUGUCACGGGGGAUUCAUUAUUACCUUUUGAAUGUAAUUUAGAUUAUACUAAUGGAUUAUCUUUAGAUAAAGGGUGUUAUGUAGGUCAAGAAUUAACUAUUAGAACUUAUAAUAAUGGGAUUAUAAGAAAAAGGAUUUAUCCUAUAGAAUUUUUUGCACUUGAUUCUGACUUACAAGAUUUAUCAGAAAUACCAACUUCAACGUUGAGUAAAUUAGAAUUAAGUCCGUUAGAAGAAUCAGAGCCACCACAAGAAGAGUUACAACCACCUAAUCCAUUUGGAUCUUCUUCUAAACCAGUGCGGAAAAGAAAAAAUUCAAGUGGUAAGAUUUUGUCGGUAUAUGAUAAUUUAGGAUUGGGGUUGUUGAGUAUAAAUGAUGUUAACAAGUCACCAUGUUUUAAAGUUGAAGUACCUACAAUAGAUGGUAACAAAUUAAUUGGUGUUAAAGUUACUGUUCCAGAUUGGUGGCCAGAGUAA